UGUUACUAUUUUUGACAAGCUGCGCCUCACACACAUUCACACACUCAACACACACUCCUGCCGCAUGCACGACUGCACACAAACACACAAAACCACUCUAUCUCCCUCUCCCUCUCCCUCUCUCUCUCUCUCUCACACACACACAAAGACAUCCGCUGGAUACUGGCACACGCUGGAGCAGAGGAAUCAGAAACAUAGCGACACAGAAGGGCUAGCAGGCAGACAGGCAGGCGGAAACACAAUCCCUGUACUGGACUGGACUGGGAGAGACUAUACUGGGAGGCAGAUGUACUGUACUGCGAUAUAUUUAUACUGGGGAGGCUAACCUCGUCAUGGCAACAAACCGACCUCUCUAAGGAUUAAACUUCUCUUCCUCCAACGGACUUCAUCUUCCUCAUCCUACUUCUCCUCAUCUUCCUCAUCCUCCUCUUCCUCCUCUUCCUCAUUCAUUUUUCACCUUCCUUUUUUUCUACAAUUAUCUACAAUUGGUUGUUGCUGCCGGCCGAUGAUCGAUGUGAGGAUAAUACCAACAGCUCUUUCUCUCCGUUUCUUUAUGCUAGGAUAGAUUUUUUUGCGUCCGUUUUGGUUUUGGCGUUGGGGUUGGUGGUGGCUGGUGUUUUGGAAGGGCGGAGUAUCUCUUCCUUGCCCCCUUCCCCAGGAGGAGGCUGGCAUCGGGGCGUCCUGAUGCCAGGGCUCGUCUAGAGAGGCUGGACGCGGGACGCUCCGACAUGCCCCACCCCCUUCACUCUGCCGGGCCCCCUGAUUGGCGGAGCCAGGGGAGGACCUCGCACACAACUACACCAACCAGACCUGUUCUGCUGUGUCUCCUGUGUGUCCUGUCUUCCCUGGUGGAUCUAACCACCGCCUGUCCUCCGACCUGCUUCUGCAACGCCACCGACGUAGACUGCAGCGGGCGCGGCCUGCUGUCCAUGCCCGCCCUCACCCAUCUCCCCGUCACCGCCCACACCCUCCUGCUGCCCAACAACCACCUCUCCUCCCUGGGUCCAGGGUCCUUCGCUAACCUCACCUCCCUGGAGCGACUGGAUCUCUCCAACAACCACCUCUCCUCCCUGGGUCCAGGGUCCUUCGCUCACCUCACCUCCCUGGAGCGACUGGAUCUCUCCAACAACCACCUCUCCUCACUGGGUCCAGGGUCCUUCACUAACCUCACCUCCCUGGAGCGACUGGAUCUCUCCAACAACUACCUGGAUAAUCUUCCCCCAGCGCUCUUCAAGGACCUGGGGAAUCUAUCAGAUCUGACCCUCCACAACAACAGUCUUAGGGCCUUGGAUAGGGAUCUCUUCCAGGGGCUGGUGGGGCUGAGGAAGCUAGAUGUCUCCCUCAACGGGCUGUCUGAUAUCCCCCUGGGUCUGCUGGAUGAGCUACAGGGGCUGACGUGGCUCUCUGUGGCCGGGAACAGGCUCCAUGCCCUGGAGAGAGCAGCCUUUGAGCCCCUGGCUAACCUCCAGUCUCUUCAGCUCGGGGCUAACCCCUGGGAGUGUGACUGCAACCUGAGGGACUUCAAGCACUGGAUGGAGUGGCUGCUGUACAGAGGAGGUAAGGUAGAUGGGGUAGAGUGUACCCUCCCUAAGGACCUGCGAGGGCGGGACAUCCGUGGUGUUCCAGUGGAGAUGUUCAACUACUGCCUCCACCUGGAUGACGAGAACAGGGGAGGAGGGGGGACGCAGAGUGGAGGAAAAGAAGGCUCCUCCCCCCCCUGCGGCCGAACUACCGGCUCCGGAGGCACCGGCGGAGCCCCCACAUCCCAAUCUGAAGACCCCCCUGCGGGCGACCUGGUGUCCGUCCCGGACUGUGUGCGGCGGCGCUACCAGCCGGUGAGCGUGCGGAGGGCCAUCGGGACGGUGGUGAUAGCCGGGGUGGUGUGUGGCAUCGUGUGUAUCAUGAUGGUGGGGGCGGCGGCCUACGGAUGUAUCUAUGCCUCGCUCAUGGCCAAGUAUCAACGAGAGCUGAAGAAGAGGCAGCCGCUGAUGGGAGACGGGGAGGGUGACGCAGACCCCGAGGACAAGCAGAUCUCCUCUGUGGCAUAGAGGGGUCAGGGGUCAAGGUUGAAAGGGCUCUAUUACUCCUCUCCCUCCUCCUCCUCCUCUCCCUCUGAAACCAACCAGCUCCUGCUACUGUCUUCUCUCUCUCCACCAAACGACAAUCACAAUGGGUUCCUCCAUUCUGAACCCUGUUCUCAUUGUGAGAUGAGAUGGAGAUGUACGAGUCAGACCACUAGACAACUGCCUGAUAGGGUGAUCAACCAACUCUGAACCCUCAAUGACCCUUCUCUGUCCCUCAGCCCACAAACCCCACAGCCCUGCAGAAACAAGAACUGGGUCUGGUUUGGCUUGGUCUGGACUGGUCUGAUUUGACAUGGUCUGGUUUGGCAGGACAUGGUGGAGGGAUGGCUUGAUUCUCUCUGUCGUCUCCCUCCUGUUGUUCUCUGAGAUGGAGGGAUGGCUUGAUUCUCUCUGUCCUCUCCCUCCUGUUGUUCUCUGAGAUGGAGGGAUGGCUUGAUUCUCUCUGUCC